CUUUGAUCCAAUCGAUAGCAAUUCGAAGCGGCGGCCGAGAUUGUUCAAUGACAUAGCAUGCGAUCUGUCUGUUUUCUGGGUGCCGUUAGAACUGCUCGUAAAAAGCACCGCGUGGUCCACUCAUUUUUGUCGCUAGCAUCUGUCUCGGGCCUUGUUUUUCCAAUCACCGCCAAGCCGACGGCGACAGAUCGGAGCUUUUCAUUGCAAUGCGGAUUCCGUGCCCGGGGCAGUCCAGGUCGGUGACAAGGGCAGCUAUGAACACACGUGAGACGCCUGUCAUCGGUCCACGGAUAUCAAGCAUGUCGAAUCCGGAUCGUAUCGGUUUGAUCCACAUCCAAGUUCUUUCCUUCGCCCUCUUGAUCCCCGCCCCCUCUUCUGCGCAAACUAUUUCCGUCUCGGGGGCGACGCCAUAGCCGUGGGGACCCCUGCCCUGGAUGCAGUUCGAUGAAUGACUAGGGAUGACUGGGUCCCACACGUUUCCGCUCCCACCCGUGCAUCUUCCCCGCCUCAUGCGAAUCUCGUUUGUCUUUAGGCGGCUUUGCGCCACCAACAACUGUAUCCAACGGAGCUAGACUGCCCGAUCCGGAUCUGAUAGAUGGAGUGAUAACCUUCAAGCGAAAAUCGAGCCUGUCGGUCUGGACCUCGCCGCUUUCCGACCGUUAUUCUCGACGAUCUCGACAGGGGGAGCAUUAUGUAAACGGAACUGGGCGGUCCGGCAGUGGUGCACACAUAUAACAUGCGCGGGAAAGACCAGCAGUGCGAACAGCUUCCUACUCAUGGAAAAUGUCUCAACGAAAUCAAACUCGCCAUAGCACACGAGGAGGAUCGCGAACCAACUCCAGUCCCGAGCAAUUGCUUCAGGACCUCACACAUCCCGCGCUUCGUGAGUCGGCAACUACAGCGUUCUGCGUGUUGCGUGAAUACCUACCCUCCAGAUAUCCGUAAUGUUUCCGACGCGCUGGUUGUAGUCGAAGCCGUCCGUCGAGGGAUGCUUCCACUGAUCACCCACCGCCUCUCGAUCGAAGACCGGGAGCAGGUGGGCGCUGGGAGAGUGUAUGUUUGGGAGGAAUCCGCACAAGAGGGCGGUCUGGUGCGCUGGACGGACGGUCGCAAAUGGUCCCAGAGUCGCGUGCUGGGUGAAUGCCUGCUGUACGAGGAAAAGGUGGAGAUCACGGAGGAGGAACGGGAAGCCAAAGCCCAACGACGUGUGCAGAGGAUCGUCAACCCGGGGUUAUCGGUCCCACCUCCGAGCCGAAACCAGCGACAGUCCAAGUCGGAUGGGUUGACGAAGGAGAGUUACAGCUUUUUCGUCCAAGGGCCCGGCGAUCUUUCUCGAAAAUGGCAUGUCGUGGCCUACAGCAUCUGGUCCGAGCGUGCUAUUCAUCCAACGGUGGAUCACUAUCCGGAUUUGCAGGCGAUCCGGGUACCGCCGGGGGUGUUCUCGCUGGCAAGGAAUCGUAGCGCCGAAGGCAGUCAUGUUCUCAGCGCUUCUGAAGGAAAUCUGCGAUCCGUUGCGAGCACGUUCGCCGAAUCCUCCAGGAGCCGGAGUAUGGGUUCUCUUGCAGAUGACGUUAUGCGAGGAUUACCUCCAGUCAGAGACUCCGCCGCGCAGAGAGUCGUUCUUCCGCCGAUCUCCACCCUUCCAUUCCACGACCCUGCUAGACCAAUGUAUACAUAUCCGCCUCCUGCCCGCGUAUCGCCUGCACAGGGACCUAACAGCACAGUCUCAGACGUGGACAGGCGAAUGCUAGAUAGUUUCCCACUUCAUCUCUAGGCACUUAGUGUACAUAAGC